GAGGCGGCGGGCCCCGGCUUGACGCACAGAUGCUGAGAGGGCGUGGCGGCUGCCCUUGACUCUCCCUAUAAAAGAGGCGGCGCCGGCGGAGGAAAGCAGAGCAGCCUUCUUUGCUUGGAGUUUGAUUCCCCCCGAGCCUGACCAGCCUCUGCCUCCGCGCGCCUCUCAGCGUCUGGUGUCCGGGCACCUGCCGGUCUCAGCCAUCCCAAGCCCUUCACUUUCUCUCUCUUCCCUUCCCGUCUCCUCCUGCCACAAAUGAAAUUGGCGGCGAUGAUCAAGAAGAUGUGCCCCAGCGAGUCGGAGCUGAACAUCCCGGCCAAAAACUGCUACCGGAUGGUCAUCCUGGGCUCUUCCAAGGUGGGCAAGACGGCCAUCGUGUCUCGCUUCCUAACGGGCCGCUUCGAGGACACUUACACGCCCACGAUCGAGGACUUCCACCGCAAGUUCUACUCCAUCCGCGGGGAAGUCUACCAGCUGGACAUCCUUGACACUUCGGGCAAUCACCCGUUCCCGGCUAUCCGGCGCCUCUCCAUCCUCACAGGAGACGUCUUUAUCCUAGUCUUCAGCUUGGAUAACCGAGACUCCUUUGAAGAGGUGCAGCGCCUUAAGCAGCAGAUUCUAGACACGAAGUCUUGCCUGAAGAACAAGACCAAGGAGAACAUUGAAGUGCCCCUGGUGAUCUGUGGCAACAAAGGGGAUAGGGAUUUUUACAGAGAAGUGGAGCCCAGGGAGAUAGAACAGCUGGUUGGAGACGACCCUCAGCGCUGUGCCUACUUUGAAAUCUCUGCAAAGAAGAACAGCAGCCUGGACCAGAUGUUCCAGGCCCUCUUCACUAUGGCCAAACUGCCCAGUGAAAUGAGCCCAGACCUUCACCGAAAGGUCUCAAUCCAGUACUGUGACAUAUUGCACAAGAAAGCUCUGAAGAACAAGAAACUCUUGAAAGAGGGUAGCGGAGGUGGGUCAGGAGAGGCCUUUGGUAUCGUGGCACCCUUUGCCCGAAGGCCCAGCAUCCACAGUGACCUCAUGUACAUCCGGGAGAAAGCCAUUGGGGGUAGCCAGACCAAGGACAAAGAGCGCUGUGUCAUCAGCUAGGAGUCACCCACUCCUUUUACUAAGCUAAUAACUAAAACAAAGAAGAUUUUUUUUGUUUAAGGAAAAAAUAAAGAUGUUCUGGCUGACCCUUUCCCCAGUGGCAUGGGCUCCAGGCUGGCA